UACGUUUGGCACAAUGCAGUCAGGCAAGUACCGUUCUCCUGGCAACAAGCCAAACCCAGACACGUCCAUCGGAUUGUCAGACAGAGAAGUGUAAUUGGUCACUCCAGAAAACAUGUCUCCACUGCUCUACAGUCCAGUGGCAGAUGGCUGAGUUUAUGUUGUUCCCAGUUGCUUCCACUUUGCUAUAAUACCACUAACAGUUGACCAUGGAAUAUUUAGUAGCAAGGAAAUUUAAUGGACAGACUUAUUGCAAAGGUGGCAACCUAUCAUGGUACCACGCUUACAUUCACUGAGCUCCGGAGAGCGACCCAUUCUUUCACAAAUGUUUGUAGGCACAACCUGCAUGCCUAG